CUUCAAUUGAAUCUUGAUUACUGUCGACUGCUUAACGCCUGGUCCAUGACGUCCAAGCAAUUUAAAGCGUCACAGAGAUAGUAUCUCAGGCAAGCCGACCGAUAAUCCACGACAACUAUCCCACCGUACAUGUACAUCCAUGUACAAUAGCACAUCAUAGAACUCCGCAUCAUAGAACGUUGCCAUGCUGUCCUCAUCCACUGUUUCGACUCCUUCGUCGAUUUCGAUGCCCUCUCCUGCUCCACUUGCCCCAGCCGUACCGUCUCGCCAACCAUCUCUGGCUGCUGAUGACACGCCUACGCCUGCGACCCUCAAACCCACGUCUAUCACAUCUAAGGAAUGGGUCAUACCGCCUCGACCUAAGCCUGGUCGCAAGCCAGCUACUGAUACCCCGCCAACAAAACGGAAGGCCCAAAAUCGCGCUGCUCAGAGAGCUUUUCGGGAAAGAAGAGCUGCUAGGGUUGGAGAGCUAGAAGAGCAACUCAGGCAAAUUGAAGAAGAGAAUGAGCGACAAUCAGCUGCUUUGAAGGAACGCAUUGACGUUAUUUCGUGUGAGCUGGAACAAUGCAAGGUUGAUAUAUCAUGGUGGAAGAAACAAUGCCAGAUGCUAGAGAACAAUCUUGCUAUAGAGAAACAUGCAAAGGACGAUUUGAUGCGAAGGGUUAAGCUGGCAGAGCAAGCAUCUGGAAUUCCAGAGAUGGUAUCUGCCUGUGAGAACUGCUCCGCAACACGGUGUCAGUGUGUUGAGGAGGCCUUUCGCUUCUCCAAUCCUCCCGCUGCUCAGCAGGAUGAAUCUCCCUCUAAAAGAUCACACUCUCCUAACCAAACAAGUGCAUCGAAGCGACACAGGCCAGAUAUUAUAAUCAAGCCAGAACCAGAGGAAUUGGAAACUGAUUUUACAGCCCUGUUCUCUACAAACCGCGAUCGUACUAUUCGAACUAGUGAGACGUCGGUGUCUCCCUCUAGAGUCAUAGACCCAUGCGGCUUCUGCCAGGAUGGCACCCCGUGCGUGUGUGCGGAGAUGGUCGCAGAGGAAGAAAACAACUCGACACCUAUUAAGCUACACAAUAGAUUAACAAUCAGAAACCUGUCACAAUUUACCCCCCCUCCUUCUGAAGGCGAUGUUCUCUCUGAACCCCUUCAUUCAAACCCAAAGAAGGCUAAUCCAUGCAUCAACGGACCUGGAACCUGCGCGCAAUGCAAGGCUGAUCCAAAGAGCACACUCUUCUGUAAAAGCCUCGCUGCAUCUCGUGCCACCAGCGCCGCUGCCACUACGACAAGCUCAGGUUGUUGUGGAGGUGGCAACUCGCGUGGCGGAUGUUGCCAAUCCCACGAAAUGAACACGCCGUCGUCAUCAACGUCAUCAACUCAACGUCAACCCAUCAGCCUCUCCUGCGCAGAUACCUACACUGCGCUUUCGCGCCAUCCAAAUUUCUCUCGUGCCACGGACGACUUAAACACCUGGCUACCGCGCCUGCACACUCUACCUACUCCACGUGAUCCGCCACUCACAGAUUAUGGCAACCGGCCGGCGAUGGAGGUCGAAGCGGCGAGUGUAAUGGGUGUGUUGAAGUAUUUCGAUCGGAGAUUUGCCGACUAGGUUAUAACAACUAUAUUAGCAGUAAGCUUGCGUACAGGCGCUCUUCUAACCUCUUUUUUCUAGUUCUCAUUUUUAAUUAUUGUUGAUAUUUGAUUUAAAGAGACGCUUAGGGUAUGCAUGAACACAGUUCAUACCAUAUAAUCCUGGACAACGUCAAAUUCUUCAGUUUCAUUCUACAUUUGUUCGUUUAGGAUGUCCGCAACCAAGCCGGAAUCUGUGUAUUUUACAUAAGAAAAAGCGAGGUGCAAACCCAGCGUCAAAAAAGAUAUGAGGCAACUGAAUUCCUAUUGUCUUUUUAUCCCCUCUUUUUAUUCCCUUUUCCUUUUUCUUAUUUUCUCUUCUCUUCCUGGUGCUGUAACCAUCUAUGUCACUUUCAAACAAUGUGCCCCCUUUUCCGCUUUACCCCACCGCCUAUAUCGCUUUUCUUUCCAUUUUGUUUUUAUUGUUUUCUUUCUUAUCUUUGUUUUUGUUUUGUUUUGUUUCUUUCUUCUUGGAUAAUGACAAUGUUGAUGAGUUUACGUCUUUGCUUUCCCCUUUGCUUUCCCCUUUGUUUUGCCCCUUUUGUAUCCCAAUAUGUGUUGUACAAGUGUUCGAAGAGAAGUAUCAUAGAUGAAAAAUAUUAUAAAAUAUUUUCCCUGU